UCUCGGUUGUUUUAUUUUCAAAAUUUUCUGAUGUGUGAUCUAAUCAUUGGUGAAAAUAGAUAGUGUUUGUUGUAAAUUUUUAAAAAAUUACAUUAUUUUCAAAUUUUUAAUGAAUAUGUGACCGUGUUUAUUUCACCCUAGUACUUUAAUCAAUUCUAAAUGUUCAGAAGAAGAAAUAUCAUUUUACUGUUUUUAAUUUUCUCGCAUAUAUUUUGCGAGAAAAAAGACGAAGAUGAUUUGAACACCGAAGAAUUGGUCCAAAUUUACACCGAAGCCGACGAACCGAUUGUCGAAAUCGUCAAAGGAGCCGAUGUGAUUAAGAUCGUUCCCGCACCAGACCUGUCUAAGGAAGAACCACGGUUCAAAGUUGAAACUCCGGACAAAGAUGUACAAGAUGAUUCGAAAAUCAGACGUAAGAUCAACUCAUUGGAUACCGAGUUGGUGAAAAUGUUUUAUAAAAGCUUGGAAGACAAGUAUCCUCAAUACACAACUAAUAAAGAAUACCAGAACAUUCUACCCAAGUUUAUCGACUCGCAACAUGAAGAGAAGAAAACCGACGAAAACGACGAACCUAAUCAAAAUAAAGAAGCCGAAGAUAUUUAUAAGAAAGCCAUCGAAAUGUUCAGAGAAGUACGACCUCGUAAAAUCGAAGGCCUUCAAGCGUUAUUAAAAGCUAAUGAACUAGGCCAUAAAAAAGCUAAAGCUUUAAUCGCCUGGGAGUAUUUAUUCGGCACCGAGUUACCACAAAAUAUCACUUAUGCUAAAGAAACCUUCGAAGAAUUAGCAGCCAUCGGCGUAUCCGAAGCUCAUAUGGGAUUAGGUUUCUUGUAUUCUACCGGAAUUGGUGUAAAUGCUAGUCAGCCUAGAGCAUUAGUUCAUUAUACUUUCGCUGCACUGAGUCAGAAUCCCUGGGCUCAAAUGGUGCUAGGAUACAGGCACUGGAGCGGUGUGACUUUAUCCUCAGAUUGCGAAAGUGCUCUGAACUAUUAUCGUCUUGUUGCCAAUAAAGUUGCCAGUGAAGUUUCGCUUUCCGGUGGCCCUGUCGUCCAAAGAAUACGAUUAUUAGAAGAGACAGAGAAUCCGAGUUAUAGUACGGGUAUAAUGGACAAGGAUUUAUUAGAUUACUACCAGAUGCUAGCUGAUAAAGGUGAUGUACAAGCUCAAGUUGGUUUGGGCCAGUUGCAUUAUCAAGGAGGUCGAGGAGUUGAAUUGGAUUCGCAGAAAGCCCUCCACUAUUUCAUGAACGCAGCCGAUGCGGGGAAUCCUGUAGCUGUAGCUUUCCUAGGCAAAAUGUACCUCGAAGGAAACGAAUACGUUAAACAAGAUAACAAAACAGCUUUCGAGUACUUUAAAAAAGCAGCCGACCUUGGAAAUCCAGUUGGUCAGAGCGGACUCGGUUUAAUGUAUUUGUACGGUCGAGGAGUACCUAAAGAUUAUGAAAAGGCUUUGAAUUUCUUUACAUUGGCUGCCGAUCAAGGAUGGGUUGAUGGGCAAUUGCAUUUAGGCAUUAUGUAUUUCGGUGGAUUGGGUGUGAAACGAGAUUAUAAAUUGGCGAAUAAAUAUUUCACCUUGGCUUCGCAAGCGGGCCACGUAUUAGCAUUUUAUAAUCUCGCUCAAAUGCAUGCCACUGGUACUGGCGUCAUGAGAUCGUGUCCAACGGCCGCUGAAUUGUAUAAAAAUGUUGCCGAACGUGGUCGAUGGAGUUCGCAUUUGAUGGAUGCGCAUUUCAAUUAUAAACGUGGUCGAGUAAACCAAGCAUUUAUCAAAUAUGCGUUAUUAGCUGAAAUGGGAUACGAAGUUGCUCAAAGUAACGCUGCAUUCCUCCUGGAUAGAGGUGAAGUAACUUUGUGGCCUGAAGAAUUCGAUCAACAAGUAAGAGCCUUGAUGUACUGGAGUCGAGCUGCUGGUCAAGGUUAUUCGGCUGCUCAAGUCAAACUAGGCGAUUACUACUACUAUGGAUUAGGUACCAAUGUCGACUAUGAGACUGCUGCUAUGCAUUAUAGGAUUGCCUCUGAUCACCAGCACAAUGCCCAAGCUAUGUUUAAUUUAGGAUAUAUGCACGAGCAAGGUCUAGGAAUGGAACAGGACAUGUAUCUUGCCAAAAGAUGUUAUGAUUUAGCCGCUGAAACUAGUCCAGACGCUAAAAUUCCUGUAGCAUUAGCGUUGAUUAAACUAUCCUUAUAUUUCUCGUUCAAAUAUUUCAAAGAAAAACAUCUUUCGAAUUGGUAUAUGCUGUUGAACCUCGAUUACCUUUUACGUAACUAUUGGGAUCUUUAUUUAUUAGCAGUGCUAGUAUUCGUCCUAUUUUGUACUGUUUAUCGUAGACCGAAUCAUUAAAUGGGAUCAUUUUUUAAAUUUAUUAUUCUAUAUUUAUUUGUUAAAUAUUCCGGGUUUUUAUGUACAAAAUACAUACCAUUGAUCGCAUUUUAAAUCACAUAAAGAUAACUUUUGAAUUUUAAAAAUUUAUUCUCAAUUCUUCUGAGGUGGAGCAUUUUGUUGGAAUUAUGAUUUUUGAAGCGAAUGCGAACUUUAUUAAAUUUUUUAGUCAUUAAAAUUUCAUAUAAUGUUUUAGUAUUAAAUUUGUUGUUUUUAUGGAUAAUGGAAUUUUUUUAAGAAUAAGAAACAAUAUUAUUUAUUUGAGAUUCUUCGUCGAUGUAUAUUUGAAUAAAAAAUUUUAUGUAUUUAUGUAAAUAAUGUAAUUAUGCUUUUUUUUUGCCAAGUACUUCGGAGUAACUUUUCUCCCUCGAGUACUCCGAAAUCGCGAUUCAACUAGUAAAGUUACUCUACUAAGUGAGACUUUAAUGUUAUCUGUAAGCUUUGUGAUAUUGAUGUAAUUGUCUACUAUACGUCGUUUCCCUCUUCUUUCAUUAUUUCAUGUAUGUAUGUAUUUUUAAACACAAUUUUGUAAAUACUUGUGAUACCUAUUUUGUUGGCGCGUGUGUUAAUAAUAAAGCAGUUUUGAAAAUA